AUGAAGAUCGUGCUCCAUCACUUUGCCACGAAAACGGUCCGUACAUUUUCGCCUGGCACAGCAUCAGACGUCGCGUGGCAGGAGUUCCUUCCAUCAUUGGCAAAACAACACGGCUAUGUCUUGAAUGGCAUAUUGGCUGUCGGGUGUCUGCAUCUGUCUAUACUCACUAACGAGAUAUCGGAGCGGGACGACUACCAGGACAUCGCAGCAAACCAGAUGAACACCGGAAUGGCGCAGUAUCGAGAAGAGGUCCAGAAUAUAACGACUAGUAACUCUGAGGCUUUAUUCGCGUUCUCCACCACUAUGACAACAUUUGUCCUAGGCACUGCUGGCACCGAGUGCCGAAAUGCUUUGGACUCUAUGAAGAAGGAGAGAUUGCCAGAAGAUCAGCGCGAGGAUACCACAACUCUCCUGAUCCAGGCUAUCUGCAGGAUUUUCCGCGCCGUACGCGGCGUCCUCGUGAUAUUAGUCCCCUGCUAUCACCACAUCCGAAGCGGCAAGUUCAAGCCUGUACUUGAUCGGGACUGGUGGCCUUCGCCCGUUCCCAUUACACCGGAAGAGCUCGAGCAAGACAACAAGCUGCGAAGUCUAGAAAAGCUGUGGGCGCAACCUGGGAAGCCGAUCUUCGCGAUACCACUGCACUUGUCUCACGAUUGGGCCGCGAGCCCAUUCCCGGGUGAUGGCCCAAAUGACGAGACGUUCGAUUGGACUGCGAUCAUGGGCUGGCUGACUCAUUUGCCGCUUGAGUUCAUCUCACUCCUGGAAGAGCGCCGCAUGGAGGCUUGGGUUCUCAUGGCGCAUUACGCUCUACUGCCCGCUAAAGUGAAGGUCAAUCCGUGGCUCGACGGACUCGCGACAAGCAUAUUCAUGACUUCGGCACUGGUGAUAGGCAAAGAGAAUUGGGAGUGGAUUGCAUGGCCUGCCGCUGUUCUCAAGAUCGACUUGGAGGACGUGCACGCGGAAUGA